UCUAACAGCCACUUCAUCACGCCAAGCAUAUGCUCUAUAAUAUUCUAGUUAUCUUUUGCUAAUAAAACUCUCCAUUUUUAUUUUUCUUUACACUUAGGUUGCAGCAAUUCUUGGGCUACCUCUUCAUUUUUAUUUGGUUAAUUUUUUAAAGUAGAGUUGCAAAUGAAGUUUGGCAAGAGAUUGAAGCAACAAAUACAAGAAACGUUGCCGGAUUGGCGCGACAAGUUCUUGUCGUAUAAAGAAUUGAAGAAACUUGUACGGUUACUUUCUUCGGCUCCGCUGUUGUUGAGUGGAUCAAUCGAGUAUGGAAAAGCAGAGGCUGAGUUUGUGUACUCGCUGAACAAUGAGAUCGACAAGUUCAAUACUUUUUUCAUGGAACAAGAGGAGGACUUCAUCAUCCGACAUAAGCAGAGGAUUCAGAAUGUGAUUGAUGCCUGGGGGCCAAACGGAAGUCAGCCUUCAGAAGCAGAGUAUAAAAAAGAGAUGUGCAAGAUUAGAAAAGAUAUUGUCAAUUUCCAUGGCGAAAUGGUGCUUCUAGAAAACUACAGCAAUAUCAAUUACACAGGAUUAGCCAAGAUACUGAAGAAGUAUGACAAGAGAACUGGAGGAUUAUUGCGCUUGCCAUUCAUUCAGAAAGUGCUGCAACAACCCUUUUUUACAACUGAUCUUAUUUCUAAGCUUGUCAAGGAAUGCGAAAACACCAUAGAUGCUGUGUUUCCUGUGGAGGAAAAAGAAAGGGCAAGAGAAGGAAGAGAAGCUAUAACAAUAGCAGGAGAGGGAAUUUUUAGGCACACUGUUGCAGCUCUAUUGACCAUGCAAGAAAUUAGAAGCGGCAGCUCUACUUAUAGUCAUUUCUCUCUACCUCCUCUCAACUUGCCAGACUCUGAUCUCAUUCAAUCAUUACAACUCAACUCUCCCAUACCCAGUCUCUAAUAAAACUCGAAUUUAGCAAAUAUAUAGCCAUGAUUAUACUACAUUAAGCCUUAGCUAACCGAAGAUUGUCUUUGUUAUGUUUUUUAAUCAUACAAUUGUUACACUGUGAGCUAUUAGCAUAUAGGUCGUGGAUAUAUAAUUUAUGAUUUUUUUUUU